GUCACUAUAGUGUCUGUGUGUGAAAGGUCUAUACGGGCACCGUAUCUGUCGUUGGUUUCGGGUUUGUUCAAGAUAUUAUUGAGAAUAGAAAUCACCAAUAGAUGCCAACCUGAUGUCAGCUUUAUUUUGACCCUCAGACUCUCCGGGACGUCCUCGGGAUGGCGUCAGACAGUGGCAAUGGCGUCACCGAGCUCGAGUUGAUGAACCUUGCCGAGAAGAUCGACGUCAAUACCUGGAGAAAGCUUGGACUCUGGUUGGACAUUCGGGAAGCGGCUCUUUCCAAAUAUGAAAGGGAGAACUGGUUUUCUGGUGCUGCCAGCAUCGGAACAUACAAGAUGUUGUGUGACUGGAGAAAGAAUUGCCAUGAGAUAGAUCAAAGAGACAAACUCACCGAAGCACUGCAGAGAUGCGAGAUUGGACAUCUUGCCAAAGAAGUCUUAAAGCACUCUCCAAGAGGCCUAUAUGGACCUGAGAUCAUUCCAAUCAGAGACAAGUUGAUAUCCUAUGCCAAGACGAAGCUUUUAAGGAUACCUCUCAUUCCAUGGGCUAAGAAGCGUUACAUUCAAGUGGAUUCUAUCUUCAUCUGUGUACAACUCAUUCUUCACAUCGUUGGUCCGGAUAUCCCUGUCCGAUGUCCACUGGAAUCUUACAAUGACAUUCUCACCGAGAACAUUGCCGAAGAGUCAUCGGAUUUGCCAAGCAAGCGGUUUAUUGUACGAGGCAAAGCCGGAAGUGGAAAGACAACUCUCCUCAUCAAGUUACUCUCAGACUGGUGCAAAGAGGUCGCUGGUGCGCUCCUUGCCAAAUUCAAGCUUGUGCUCUUUUUGCCAAUGCGUAAGCUGACAUUCCAGAGUAACCUUGGUGAAGCCAUUCUUCAGUAUUGUUUGCCUCGGGAUGCCAGUAUCAGCGCUGGAACGGUGGAACAGAUGUGCAGAGAGAACUCAAAGGAUGUGUGUGUUCUCCUGGAUGGAUAUGACGAGUUUCCUGGGAAAGGUCUCAUUGGAGAAGGAGCAGGAAACAUUGUCUCCAUGCUCCGGAACGAUGAGUUUAUUGAUAUACAUGUCAUAAUCACCACUCGUCCUGGAAGAUUGGAGGAUUUUCUAGAAUAUGGAGAGUUCAAGCAUCUAGAAGUCACAGGUUUCACACAGGAACAUGUUCAUGAGUACAUUAGUAAAACAUUCACUGGUGCGAGGCAACGAAUUGGCACUAACCUCUAUGCAUAUCUAGAUGGAAACAACCUCCUGGCUGAAGUGUCCUCCGUACCCUUACUCCUAUGUGCCUUUUGCCAAGUAGCCAGAUGGACCGAUGGGAUUGAGUUUGGAAAGUUAUCCACAUAUACGGCCUUAUUUCAGACUCUUGUACGAUGUUUUUUCGAACAUCAGCUUGCUAAACCAAAGGCUGCUGUAAGUCCAACGUCUUCCCCAGAUAAAAUAGAGGAGAAACCAAUCCCGAUAAUGACACAGGAGUUCCUCUUUGAUCAGCUCGGAAAAGUAGCCCUUUUAGGAUUCUUCAGAGAGAAGGAUGGUGAGUUGUUGUUUAGCGAAGAAGACUUUGAUAAGUGCACCAAGUCUCCGAGUGAAGUUAUUGAUCAGGGAUGUAUUGCUGGCCUCAUUACGAGAGACGAUGAUGUAUCGGCUGAUCCUUGGGAGGAGCAGUCGUGUAUUCGUAACAUCUCAUUUGUCUUGAAGACAGUGCAAGAGAUGUUUGCCGGUAGGUACUUGGCACGACUGUUUGCACUGGGAGAAAGUGAAUUGUUUAGACAUUAUCUUCAUCUUGUGGACUCCGUUCAGAGAAUUCUAGAUCUGACAAAUGUUCUCAUGUUUGCAUGUGGUCAAUCACUUGAGGUGGCAGAGGAAAUCAUCGUUCACGUUGUAAAUCAUAUUGUCGAAGAGGACAGAGAAUCUAUACAGAGAUUCUGGAGUGGACAACUGCCAAUCAGUGAAUGCAGAAGAGUUCAAGAAAAGAUUGAACUGUGUCUAAACUUGAACUACGAGAGUCAAUGCCGAGGACAAUUCAACAAGCAUUUGCAACCUAUAUUCCACGUGAUUCGACUAUUUUCACCUCCCCAAAGGACAGCCAGGACCCUUGGGUAUAUGCUGCAACACUCUGUCCCAUCCAAAGUAGUCGCUUUCCCAACAAAGAACGGAAGGAGAAGCGAAUGUGAUUAUUUGGUCAGUACCAAUGAUGAUUCCAGCGGAUGUCAUAAUAAGAGUUCUGCCGUCGAUCAAGGCUCUAAUAAAUCAGAUGAAAAGGUGCAUGUGGAUGACAGCAGCAAUGCCAGUGAUGGAAUUCUAGCUGUCCGUAGUCUAGAAAUAAUUCAUGUCAACGAAAUGUUUGACGAUCAAUUCAGACAGAUUAGAGAUUUCUUGCCCAAAGUAAAGAAAGACUUCUUCCAGAAUGUCAACAACCUUGCCAUGAUGGAGACGAACACUUGGUCAUCAAUACGAAACAGAUUGACAACGAAAAGCCCUGCUGAUUUCGAGGAUAUAGAUCAUCUUUCAGACAAUCAAUUUGUAGCAUAUCUACCUGUCAAAGAAGAAAUGAAGAAAUGGCAGGUAAACGAGAUUUAUCUCGACGGGAUCCUCACUGGUCUCAGGUACUGCUCAGUAGAAACCCUAGUGAUAACAGGGAUAGCAAGGCGGAGUCAGAAAUGGCGGGAUCUCUUUGACGCACUCUCAUCACCAGAGUGGAGGAGACUCGUCAAACUCGAUCUCAGUCGGAACAAUCUCUCCUCAGUACUGAUGUCUUUACUCGGUAGGGCACUUGUUGACAAGCCAAACCUCCAACAUUUCGACGUGAGCGGGAACGAAAUAAAGAAAAGUUUUGUCUCCUUGAUUCCUAGUUUGCCUAGUUUGCGUCGGAUCUACCUGAAUUCUGAGCACAUGGAGCCUCAGACCUUGGCAGAGUUUGGAGGGAAGCUGGCUGGCUUCCCAAACAUCGAAGUGAUUGACCUAAACGACAACCCUCUAGACGAUACAGCCGCAGCUGAAAUUGGGGACGCUCUGCGGGGGUGCACGAAACUACAACGACUCCGUCUGGAUGUAAGUAAAGUCAGUGAGGGUGGUAUCAGUAGAAUGGUUGCAAAAAUCAAGUUCGUUCCAUCCCUUACCCACAUUGGACUCUACAAACAUCAUAACGCAGAUGCACUCGUGAAAAGUGUGACGUCAUCAUUGAACAAGCUGCCAAAAAUCAUGUCGCUGUCAUUGACGUGCAGAGAGGAUGACGAACUUCCUGAAGACUUACUUUCGGUCCGAUUGUCCACUACACAGUCUUUCACAAGAGCCAUUACCGCCCUUCCCAAGCUUCAGGUUCUUGAACUGUUCAAGGUUCGUUUGUGUGCCAGAGGUCUAGUUGGACUGCUCGAUGUGCUUAGCGGGAUGGAAACGCUCCAGGAGUUCAGGGUGGCAGCGGGCUAUCUAACUGAUGAUCAAGAAGCAGAGGAAGCAUGCAGGAACGCACAACAAACCUUCCUCAAGGUAUACUAGUCAUCCAUUGUUCCAUGUCAACUGGUCAUUAGAUUAAAUAGAAGGAAGUAGCUGAUGAAGAAAUUAUUGAACAAUGCAGUCGCGUACUGCUCAGGUUGGAUCAAAAUAUGGAUUUCCAAUCACAUAGAUUUAAUCUUGGAAACCUAAUUGAGUCGUUGGGGGUAUCGGAAAUGGCAUGAUGAGGAAGUCCCCGAUUGGGGUCAUUUUGUCGCGACGAACUCAACAUAGACGUGCAUUUGUUUUAGAGAUACAUUGAUGUACUUUUAAUGUUUCAUUCCCUCCUCAAAACUCAUGUCCCUCGUCGGCAGCAACAAAAAAAUUGUUGAUCUGAUAGUCUUCACAUCAUCUACCUGAAAUAUUUAGAUGAAUGUGUAAUAUCAACUGACAUUUUCACUCAUCGUUUCCAGGUGAAUUUCAAUGUAUUUUGAAGGUAUGUGCAAUAUGAGGGCCAAAACAGUCAAUUUUUACUUCUUACACAAUGUGUAAUCUCCCAGCGUUUGUGCGAGCAAAGAGAAUUUCACGCGUGGAAUGUAAUAAAAGCGUUUAUUGCAUCGGACCGACGUGACACCUUACAGUGCUUUGUAUUUAUGCCUCGUAGAACAAUACCUGCUAUGUUUAAUUGAUAAUUGCAUUCUAGACGGAGUGUAAAAAUCAAAACAUCGAUGUGGCUACUAAUAUAUGUCAUUAACAUGGAAAGAAUUGUUUGUUUUGAACAAAUUCUAAACUGUAAAACAGUUUUACUGUAUAAACAGUAAACUUACGCUAGAAUUCCGCCUAAUAGGCCAGUUCGUAGUUAUUUCAUGUGUUACGAUACUGCAACAUAUAACAAUGAAAUAGUUUUUUAAUUUAAUUUCCUUUUUUUUUAUUAUUACAGGAAAUAAUUAACCAUACACAAACAAAUAAAACCAAACAUCUGACAUGUCUUGAAGUAUAAGUUCUGAUAAUUAUUCCAAAUAAUAUUAUCUAGGUUGGCUGGCAAAAAUUCCUUAAAUUAAAGUUCACAAUGAUGGCGAUGAUGAAACUGAUGUUGAAGCACGAUGAAUAACAAGAGUCAUUUAACGAGUUGAAAUGUCUGUUAAGACGAUAUUGAUGAUGAUAAACAGUCAAUUUCAGCAAUCCAUGGGUUGAAAGCGUUCAUUAAAACAGCUUGAUGAUCUCGAUGAGAACUGAGAAUUUCCUCUCUCAAAAUAACUGCAAACAGUUCAUUGAUGGCGUGCAAAUAAUUCCACAGAAGAUAAAUAUUCCAGGUGGAAAUAAACUCUGCUCUCACAUAAAGUCUGGCGUGAAUCUCUGAGUUCUGAUCUGAUAUGAUGUGAUGUGAUGUUGAAUAAACUACCAGCUUAUAUAUAAAUUAUUCACUAUUCUGGAAGCUUCUAGUAUUGUCUACAAAAAGAACAAUCUGACAAUUUCUAUAGCAGUCUAAUUUUAGAACAUUCUUGAAUGACCUCAGACGAAUAACAAUGUACUGUAAACAACAUAGCUAAUCCUAUUGUUCAUUUCCACUACCACUUGGAAUCUCUUUGUGUUGCAGUCUCUAUUCAGAAAUAACAAAAUUCCUCAGACUUUAAAUAGGUGUAGUCAUGCCUCACAAAGCUAUGAGACAUUCUGGAAUAUUCUUAAUCAUGCUGUGAAUAUCCUUAAAGGUAUUGUUUAACUUUGUGAGCAGCCGAUUAAAAAAAUUCUCAAACCAAGAUGAAACAUGUGUACAAGUGCAUGUAUUAGAACUAAUAAACCCUGAAAACAACCAUUAUUACGAUUUUGUAAAUAGGCGUCUUAUAGACGCCUAGAUAGUACACAUAAGUGUAUGGGAUGAAAUUAAGAUGGUGUUUUCGGUCACUUUAUAUUUCAAUUUUUGAAGCACUGAAUAAUUAUUUUCGAACGCAAUUUUUUCUGGGCUUCAUUUUUGUAACAUAUCACAGACACAGGUGACAAGUGUGACCUUCUAGCUCAGAUUUUUUAAAAGUCAAACCAAUGUUAACCAAUCACUUUAAAGAGGAAAUAACUAAAUAAAUGAAUGUAAUUGCUCCUACAAUUCUUCUUACAUAUAACACAUGGACAAUUUUGGUCAAAUGACCUUUCAUUUCUUUCAUUAUGAUAGGCAGAUUUCAAAGCAAGAUAUUACGUAGGCAUGCCUUAUAUAGCAGGAUGAAGAAAUUGAAUAGACCAGGUGACUAGAAUUAUAGCACACCAAUGAACACUCUAUGAAGGUAUAUAUUGCAUUUCUGCUUUAAAUGCAAAUUAUAUCGUGCUGUACAAUGUAAUUGACAAACUGUGAAAUACCAGUCGUUCGUCGACACAUUGUUGUUGUUUUUUGUGGAUGUAAAUGAAAAACACAAGUCAAAAGAAUAUGAAUAAUCAAGACAUCAAAGUCGGUGCUUAUCUCAUUAUAUUUCAAACCACCAUGUCACUUUGAAACCAAUGACCUUCCUCUGAUCAUGCGCAAAGUGGAACUACGAACUGGCUCAUUCCUAUGUAGCCCACCCCACCAAAAACAGAAAGAUAGAGAGAUUCUCUCUAUGUCCUUCUUUUUGUAUUCUAUUCUACUGAUUUGAUAAAAAUGUUUGGAAUUAAAUAAUUUCUAAUAAAAAAUAUUUUGAAUUGUUUGAAAGAGUGUUUAAUCCAAAACCAUUUGUUAUCUAUUCUUUUUCACCAUCGAAUCCAUGUUUCAAGAGACUUGAAAAUGUGCAUUGCGCCAAGUAAUCUGGGCCUAAUGCCGAUUCUGAAUGUUGCAAUUCUUUGGGACGAAAAUUGACAAUUCUAUAUUUCUGUCAUCAUUGUGCCGAUUUGUUAAAUACAAUUAUUUCCUUUGUAAAUGCACAAUGCAUUGAACAUCCCGAUUGAUCGUUUCUUACAUUGGAUCGAUCGAAUUAGAUUCCGAUUUAACUUUAUUUGAAGUAUAAUUUUAAAGAAAUUUAAUGGGUAGUGAUAACUCGGCUUUAUUGAUUAGAGACAAAAAAAUACUACAAUCUAGAGACACCACAGAGUAGGAGAACAAAGGGCGAUUAGCCCUUCUUGCUCUGGGCCCCGUUGCAAAAAAAGUUACUUUAAUAGUAACUUGUCGUCCAAUGAUAUAUUCCAUGGCAUUCUUGAAUUUGAUUGGCUGUUGAGCAUCGUUACCAUGGUAGUUACCAUUGGAUGGCAAAGUUACCAUAAUAGUAAUAUUUAUGCAACGGGAACGUGGACGAAUGAAACCAUUCAAUCGGCGUUACUUUGAUGCAGGUUGUGCUUUAAGAAACGACUUUUUCUGUUCAUCCAAGUUUUAAAAAAAAAUCACAAAGGCAAAUUUGAAAAUCAUAUUUGAUAAAAGUCUUUUUCAUUAUGAUGUAUAAUAAUCCACUACUUAUAUAUUACUAUCAAAUACUAAGCAUUUCUUGAUAUGUACACUUUUUUGACACGUAUCUUUCACAACUGCUUCCGAAGGUACUAAUAUUCCAUUCCGUGAAAGUAAUAGUUGUGAUAAUUAUAUAGCAUAUUGAAUCUAAAUAUAUAUUACCACCGACACUGCAGACACUUCCACCUAUAUAUCCACUUUCCCUUCCUCACUCCCUCCACUCUGUGUGCUCCCCCCCCCCCCCUCUCUCUCUCUCUCUCUCUCUCCCUUUUGCUUGCUCGCCAUAUCUUCUUUUCCCUCCAUCCACCUUUCUCUCUCACUCAUUCACUGAGCGCUAUUUAUUUACUCUUUCUCUGCAGUGAAAUACAAUUUUGAUCCAUUACAUGGUCAUGAUGGUGAUGAUAUAAUCUGAUGAUAAUUUUAACACGAUUCGAUUAAUGUGAAAUUUCCAGUUAUUUGUAGAACUGAGAACACCUUCAAAUAGUACAUUUCUCUACCUGUCAUAGUUCAUUUUAAUGGCUGAAAUUAUCUAUUAUGUCUUUCUUUCAAGUUAUUUAUUUUAUAACCUUCCUCAAGUAAUAAGUUGGUAGAUAUAUGAAUAUUGAUGGGUUUUAUUCUAACAGACUAUUGUCUCGUUUGAACUAAAGUAACCAAAACUGUUUUAAGAAAUUGUUUCCGACUUAUUGGACAUUAAUUUAUUACAUUCUGUGGAUACGAAAAAAUGGCAGUAAAACAGUCAGGAAGCCGUUGUUUUAAGAACCUACGAUUAUGGUAGCUUUGCCGUCAUGAUAGAUUCCAUAUAAAAACAGGACUCAGUCAAUGAAAGACAAAGUUACCAUGGUAGGAAAUGAAAAAAUUACCACAAACUUACGUCUUUAUGAAACGGGUCCUGAUGUCAUCCACUUGAUAUUAUCUAUAUCUUGAAUCCAAACCAUGAUUUAUAUUAAGUUUAUAUUUCGUUCAGAACCUGGCAAAUACAUCGAAAGUAAUUCUAGCAUCCUUUAUCAUUAUUUGUAUUUCAUUCUGUCACUUCUCAAUCAUGAUUUGAUGAAUAUUGUUUUUAAGGGGUGUGUUUCUUGAACUUCUAUAUAAAUGUAUGUUUUGGAGAAAAAAAACUCUAUUGAUACGAAUUCAGUCUUUUAUGUGUUCCAUUUUCUACCUUUGGUCAAUGCAUUUUAAACAUUGACGAGUCUACGAAUGUAUGAAAUUAUUUGUCAAAUUAUGAAAGUGUGAUAUUGAAGCAAUGUAAGGAAAUAAGGACUGGUACACAACA